CUGCGGCAGCUACAAAUCCUGGGAGUGAGAACUAAGGGUGCAAAACGGGGUCACUUACUCGCGGUGGGCACGGGGCCCUGACAGCCUUUUCGCGGAGGGACAGCGCCCUAGUAGCUGUGCCGCGGUGGGCCUUGGGUCCACUCAGACCACCGGGACUGCGCAGUGGCCCAGGAGCUGGAAGGAAGGCUCGCUUCCGGCGUCAUGGCUCAAAGGGCCUUCCCGAAUCCUUAUGCCGAUUUUAACAAAUCCCUGGCCGAAGGCUACUUUGAUUCUGCCGGGAGGCUGACUCCUGAGUUCUCACAACGCUUAAACAAUAAGAUUCGAGAGCUGCUUCAGCAAAUGGAGCGGGGCCUAAAGUCAGCAGACCCUCGGGAUAGCACCGUUUACACUGGCUGGGCAGGUAUCGCUCUGCUUUACUCACAUCUCUAUGAUGUGUUCGGGGACCCCGCUUACCUCCAGAUGGCACAUGGCUAUGUAAAGCAAAGUCUGGACAGUCUGAGCAAGCGUUCCAUCACCUUCCUCUGCGGGGACGCAGGCCCCCUGGCUGUGGGUGCUGUAGUGUGCCACAAGAUGAACAAUGAGAAGCAGGCAGAAGACUGCAUCACCCGGCUAAUUCACAUAAAUAAGAUUGACCUCCAUGCUCCAGACGAACUGCUCUAUGGACGAAUGGGCUACGUCUAUGCUCUUCUCUUUGUGAAUAAGAACUUCGGCGUGGAAAAGAUUCCUCAAAGCCAUAUUCAGCAGAUUUGUGAAACAGUCUUAACCUCUGGAGAAACCCUAGCCAGAAAGAGAAACUUCACAGCAAAGACUCCACUGAUGUAUGAGUGGUACCAAGAAUAUUACGUGGGGGCCGCUCAUGGCCUGGCAGGAAUUUAUUACUACCUGAUGCAGCCCAGCCUUCAAGUGAACCAUGUGAAGUUACAAAAUUUGGUCAAGCCCAGUGUAGAUUAUGUCUGCCAGCUGAAAUUUCCUUCCGGCAAUUAUCCUCCUUGUGUGGAUGAUAAUCGAGAUCUUCUAGUCCAUUGGUGUCACGGGUCACCUGGAGUGAUCUACAUGCUCAUCCAGGCCUAUAAGGCGUUCCGGGAGGAACGGUAUCUCAACGACGCCUGCCAGUGUGGUGACCUGAUCUGGCAGCGCGGGCUGCUGAGGAAGGGGUACGGGCUGUGCCAUGGCACUGCGGGGAACGCCUAUGCCUUUCUCACGCUCUAUAACCUCACGCAGGACAAGAAGUACCUAUACAGGGCCUGUAAGUUUGCUGAGUGGUGCUUAGAUUACGGAGAACAUGGUUGCAGGACGCCGGACACCCCCUUCUCCCUCUUCGAAGGAAUGGCUGGAACAAUCUAUUUCCUGGCUGACCUCCUCGUGCCCACAAAAGCCAGGUUCCCUGCGUUUGAGCUAUAAAAGGAAAGCCUGCCCCCUGCAACUCACUGCAUGACCCUUUCUGUAUAUCAGCCCUGGCCUGAGUGCUUCCAUUGCUUUUCAAGGAAACAGAGUCAAACCAUGUACUCCAUUUACUUGAUUUUUUUUUUUUUUUAGAACUUGUCUUCAGUUCCUUUUGUCUGUCAUUUACUUUUACUUAAAAGUAUCCAAGGAAAUGUUUUAACUUUAACCUCAAUUUCUUCCUAAAGGUAGGAUGAGUGUUAUGUACAGUGUUUUGAGGGCAUAGGGAUAUAUAUUUUUCAGAACUUAGAGGAAAUCUCUUACUUAAGCUUGUUGAAUAUAACUAUCUGUUGCUGUUCAAAAAAUGUUUAAAGGAAACUAAAUGUAGAUAAAGAUAAAUAUAUGGUUAUUGGCGGGUAUUGCCCUCUACCUUUAUAGUAUUUUUCCUCCAGUAGUGCAGACAGUUUUGGCACUGUUUUUCUUUAGGUGGUUCAUUGUGAAGGGGAACAAAAAUAUUAAUUGUAUGCUUCUGAGACAAAAGUUGCAAGAGUUGCAGACUGGUUUAAGGACCUAAAUACUGUUUUUCAAAUUCACAGUACUGGUUUAACUAGCGAUAAAGAUACUUUCAGAUCUGCUUCCUCUUGGUAGUAAAGCAUCCAGGUUCUGUAAGGCAACAUUUUUAUCAAAAAGUUCUAAAAUGCUGUGGUGGUUUUGAAAAUUCUGAUUUGAAGGUUAGUUUCAAGAUAAGCUAACAAAAAGUUUAUUAAUAGUUUUUUUCUAAAA